AUGGCGCAGAUGUUGGCACCGCUGAAAUGCGGCUUUCACUUCCAAAGACGAAAAUUAGCGCUUCUCCUUCGACAGACGAGCUCAUAUCACAUUUGGAAUAAAGGUCGCAGUGAAAACGGGACGGACCUUAAACGCCAAAGUACAUAUCUGCUGGGCUCACCUCCGCACCUACGAACAGCGUCAUGGAAUACAAGCAGAAGCGAAAACAGUCGACGGAUUUUAGAGGCAGCGAAACAUUUACAGAUCGCAGACAAAAGAACAUGUUGGCAUGGAAAUGCAGGAGGAAAGCUAAAUGCCGAUCCAAAAAAUGUGUUGAAUGAAGUGAAUUCAGCCCAGAUACUGUCUGCAAUGCUGUCUUAUGUGUGGCCAAAGAAUAGACCAGACCUGCGGGCCCGUGUUGCUAUCUCUCUGGGCCUGCUCGCUGGAGCCAAGCUCACCAAUGUGACGGUGCCCUUCAUGUUUAAGUAUGCAGUGGACGAGCUUAACCAGAUGUCGGGACACAUGCUGAACCUGAAUGACGCGCCAAGCACUGUGGCUACCAUGGCAACGGCGGUGCUGAUUGGCUAUGGCGCAUCACGGGCUUGUGCAGCCUUCUUUAACGAGCUGAGGAACACUGUGUUCGGCAAGGUGGCCCAGAGCUCCAUCCGACGCAUCGCCAAGAACGUCUUCCUGCACUUGCACAAUCUGGAUCUGGGUUUUCAUCUCAGUCGGCAGACAGGAGCACUAUCCAAGGCCAUCGACCGUGGCACACGGGGCAUCUCGUUUGUCCUCAGUGCGCUCGUCUUCAAUCUAGGACCUACAGUCUUUGAGAUGGUCCUCGUCAGUUCCAUUUUGUAUUAUAAAUGUGGUGGACAAUUCGCAGCAGUGGCCAUGGGUACCUUAUCAGCAUACACCAUCUUCACUAUUCUCUUCACACAGUGGAGGACUCGCUUUCGGAUAGAAAUGAACAAAGCAGACAAUGAAGCUGGCAAUGCGGCUAUUGACUCCCUCCUCAACUAUGAGACUGUUAAGUACUUUAACAAUGAGAAGUAUGAAGCUGAUAAGUAUGACGGAUAUCUGAAGAUCUAUGAAUCGGCCUCUUUAAAAACCACGUCCACACUCGCCAUGCUCAACUUUGGCCAGAGUGCCAUCUUCAGCGCCGGCCUGACUGGCAUCAUGUUGUUGGCAAGCAAGGGCAUCGUUGCAGGUACGAUGACCGUGGGAGACCUGGUGAUGGUAAAUGGUCUGCUUUUCCAGCUCUCCCUCCCCCUCAACUUCCUGGGUACCGUGUACAGAGAGACCAGACAGGCUUUAAUAGACAUGAACACUCUCUUCACCCUGCUCAACAUUGACACCAAGAUCAAGGAGAGGGAUCUUGCCCCACCAUUAACCAUCGCACCACAGGAGGCCACUAUCCGCUUUGAGGACGUUUAUUUUGAGUACCUGGAGGGCCAGAAAGUCUUAAACGGUGUGUCCUUCGAAGUGCCUGCAGGGAAGAAGGUGGCUAUAGUUGGUGGCAGCGGGUCAGGGAAGAGCACCAUUGUGCGGCUGUUGUUCCGCUUCUUUGAGCCCCAGCAGGGGAACAUCUACAUAGCGGGGCAGAAUAUCCGAGACGUCAGCCUUGACAGCCUGAGGAAGGCAUUGGGGGUUGUACCUCAGGAUGCCGUUCUGUUCCACAACACCAUCUUCUACAACCUGCAGUACGGCAACAUCAACGCCACACAGGAGGAGGUGUACGAAGUGGCGCGUCUAGCAGGCAUCCAUGAUGCUAUCCUCAGGAUGCCCAAUGGCUAUGACACCCAGGUUGGGGAGCGGGGCCUCAAGCUGUCAGGAGGGGAGAAGCAACGCGUUGCCAUUGCCCGCGCUGUGCUAAAGAAUCCGCCCAUCCUGCUUUAUGACGAGGCAACAUCGUCUCUCGACUCCAUUACAGAGGAGAACAUCCUGAGCUCGAUGAAAGAGAUGGUGAGGGACAGGACAUCAGUGUUCAUCGCCCACAGGCUGUCCACAAUCGUAGAUGCAGACGAGAUUAUCGUGCUCAAUGAGGGUAAAGUGGCAGAGCGAGGCAGCCACCACGCCCUCCUCAGCAACCCAGGCAGCCUUUACGCAGACCUGUGGAACACUCAGAACAGCAAAAUCCUCAACAAUGGCAAGCGGUUGUCCAAGCCGCCGGGUGAGCGCCUGUCCCAGAAGGAGGAGGAGAGGAAAAAACUGCAGGAGGAGAUCCUCAAUAGUGUAAAGGGCUGUGGGAACUGCUCCUGUUGAAGGAAGCUGCCAUCUCCACGGCUCUUCAUCCCUCACAGAUGGCCUACGCUGGAAUCCGCUGGAGUCUGUGCAGUAUGGGGGGAGAGAGUGGGGAAAGGGGUACAUCCCCAUUACCCACGCCCACUUCUGCCAAGCCCCCCACCCAUGUGACUAUCUUCUCCUCCCACUCAUGUGAAUAAAGGCCACUGCUCGCCAAAGUGAAGGAGGAGGAGCAGAACAGGGAGCAAGUGUGUUCAGCACUGGCUGGUGUCCAGAGAUGGAGCUUCUAUGCCAGUUGCCUCAGCUGAAGCCAAGCAUAAGAGACCUUGUAUAUCACAUACGUGUGUGUAAGACAUCUGUUAGUCAACAUGGUUGUCCCCCCCCCCCUCUCCUCCUCAUUUUUGACAUCAGGUUUAUUGACAUCUUCCAUCGCACUGGAAACAGAUGAGAGUACACGUAAUGACUUACACAUGCCUUGAUGUUGAAACAAUUUGUACUGAUUUCAUUUUUUGAAUUAUUUUCAGAACAAACUGAACCUAUAAUUUGCUUGUUUUAUAUUAAGGAUGUGCACAUAUUACAAUUUAUUCUUCUAUUAGGUGAUCACAGUUAGAUUAUUGUUUUGCAGUUCAUCAUUUGAAGGACAUGAUUUCAUAAAGCUCAUGGGAUUCAGUCACAACACACUGUUUUCAAUGCAUGUUCUAAAAAUAUCGAAUUUGGCAGAUAAUCAAGUCUUCUAGACGAAUCACAACAUAAUGAUGGAUGUUUGGACUCGUGAAGGCACAGAACAGCUCCCUGGUGAAUUAGCAGUAUGUCACAGUCACAUUCAUGUAAAUAUAGCGCUCUGAGAGUGACAAGAAGCGACUAAUAAAUCAUGAAUGGUUUUCACCACAACUGGAGCCACAUCACGAGGCAACAGCUUUAAAGGCCUCCUGUGGGAACGUUUCCCUGUCAUAUCAUUUAGCCUUGGUUGUUGGGCCUCCUCUAAUGAAAAGUUUUAACAGUGCUAAGACAGCUUUUUGGAUUGUAUGGUAAGAGUACAGAGACUUCCUCCUGAAGGUUACUUGUUAAUAUUUAAAAAGUAAUAGUACAUGCAUGUCCUCAUUUUCCGAGGGCUGUUUGGGCUGUGAUAUGCACAUUUGUGAGGAAGCUUGUUAUAGUGUUACGAUAUUAAAAAAAAUGGUAAGUGGGGUGUCUUUUACUAUACACAAGAUAUAAAGCCUGUUUCUUUUCAUUCUAGACUAUGUUGACUGUGUAAGUACACUGCAGACAGAUUAAUAAAUAUUUGGCUUUUGUCUAAAUAA